AUGGGGGCUUUUUUGUUUUUGGACAAAAUUGAGCAAGUUGAGCUAGGGUUUUGCUUUGCUGGAGCUGUUGGUACUACUAUUGAGGGCGGAGGAAUUUGCUUCUACUACGAACCAAUAGAAGAUGAGCUUGCAUUUUAUAUAGAGCUUGAACAAAUUGAAGCAAAUGCUAUGGGAAUCGAAACUACUCAAGCUUCUAUUUCUACAUCACAAGCACAACAUCCAAGUCAUCCUCCACUUCCUUCACCAUCUUGGAGUUGA